UCCGGGUGAGAGGUGCCUUGUAGCCCCGGCGACCGAGUCGCGCUCGGCGCGGAGUUAGCGCUCCUUGCCCUCAAUGCCACAGAACUGGCGGCGCAGGAGGAACCGCAGAGUCAAGAAAAUAUUUGCGACACACCUCUGUCAACUGCUGAAGUGUGUAAGAUAAACUUUAUAUUUCCAAAUGGAGACAAGUAUGAUGGUGACUGUAUAAGAACAUCUUCUGGAAUCUUUGAGAGAAAUGGAAUAGGUAUUCAUACCACUCCUAAUGGGAUUGUCUAUAAAGGAAGCUGGAAAGAUGACAAGAUGAAUGGUUUUGGAAGACUUGAGCAUUUUUCAGGAGCAGUGUAUGAAGGACACUUCAAGGACAAUAUGUUUCAUGGAUUGGGGACUUAUACAUUCCCAAAUGGGGCAAAGUAUACUGGAAACUUCAAUGAAAAUAGGGUGGAAGGUGAAGGACAAUAUACUGACAUCCAGGGACUAGAAUGGUGUGGUAACUUUCAUUUCACUGCUGCUCCAGGCCUGAGACUAAAGCUCCACAUGUAGUAUAUUUGGCAUUAAAAUUUUAAUGUGGCAACUGAACUUUUUAGUUAUAAGGAAAACUUAGUCACCUAAGUAACUUCAUAUACUACCUCUCUAUCAUAAUUUUGCCAAUAAAACCAUCUCUCAAUGCCUUUUUGAACUUUAUUUUCAUCAUCUUAUAAUUACUUUAAAUAAAUUAUAUGGGAACGCCUGGGUGGCUCAGUCAGUUGAGUGUCCAGCUCUUGAUUUUGGCUCAGGUCAUGGUCUCAGGGUCACGAGAUCCAGGCCAGCAUCUGGUUCUGCUCUAGGUGUGGAGCCUGCUUAAGAUUCUCUCUCUCCCUUUGCCUCUCCUCCUGUUCUCAUGCAUGCAAGCACACACUCUCUCU